AUGGAUCGUCUUCCCUCUAAACUACCGUUCUCGAAGCGGCGGUUACGGCCUCGUGUUAUAAUUUCAUACAUUGCCGACUAUCUGAUCCUCAUCGGUUGCAUUGCUGGCUUCUACAUUUUCGAUUCCAUCGAGCCCUAUCACCAGCAUUUCUCUCUGCGAAACAUAUCCAUUCAGUACCCUUAUGCCGUCCACGAGCGCAUUUCGAUCCAGGCAGCCCUGCUGGUCUCCUGCGUUACCCCCCUCGUCAUAAUUGCAGUGUAUACGCUGUUCAUUGACGGUCUGUUCUCACAUCACAAGCCGUACAACCCGGCAUCCGGGAAGAGGAAGAUUACCGGGCCAUACCGGUGGAAGGAUCGCCUGUGGGAGUUCAAUUGUGGCUUCCUGGGUCUUUUGCUAUCGCAGGGCCUCGCGUUUCUCAUCACCCAGGUGCUGAAGACCGCAUGUGGGAAGCCCAGGCCUGAUUUGAUCGAUCGGUGCAAGCCGAGGCCAGGAAGCGAAGAUCUGAUUCCUGGAUUGUCCAAUUCGACUAUAUGUACAGGAGACCCUGCAAUUAUCAAGGAUGGAUUUCGUUCUUGGCCUUCAGGUCAUAGUAGCUCAUCUUUUGCCGGUUUGUUCUACCUGACUCUUUGGCUGUGCGGAAAACUGCACUUUAUGGACAACAGAGGCGAAGUUUGGAAGGCCAUCAUCGUCAUAAUUCCUUGUCUUGCGGCGACACUUGUUGCUGUUUCACGGAUCAUGGAUGCGAGGCAUCAUCCUUUUGACGUGAUCAGUGGAUCAUUGCUGGGCAUUGUCUGCGCCUACAUCUCCUACCGCCAGUAUUUCCCACCGAUUUCCGAGCCGUGGAAGAAAGGCCGCGCGUAUCCGAUUCGAAGCUGGGGUACAGACCCUGUGGCACCCAGUAUGGCCUCGCCUCUGUCUGACCACUAUGCGAGCACAUCAGCUCUUCGGAACCCGGAGGAAGACAGGAUAGACGCAUCUGGUGCUCCUGAGAUCGGUCCGGCGCGAAUUUCUCCGACUUACAUGGGUUCAGCUAACCCAUACACCUCGGACUUGCGCAACCGCCGAUCCCACGACAAUGAUGGGGAAUGGUCAUCUUCCAGUGAAGAUGUUGCAGAUGGAUACGAGAUGCAGCACGGCUAUGCUCGUACACAGAAUCCGAGAAUCGGCGGGCCUCCAAGAUACGAAGCUGACACUUCAUACCAUUCUCAGACACAAACCGUGCUACCAGGCGUCACUGCUCCUCAUGUACGGCCGGAUCCAGUAGCCACUCGUGCAGGCAGAGACUCACAGUAA